AUUGGUGGUUAAAAUAUAUGAGUCCAUACAAUGUAGGAAAGAUUACACUUAUGAUUACAGAAAGUAAUGCAACAGAUAUUCCUGAAGAUUGGUUUAAGAAAGAAAAUUAUGGACUGGGUGGAGCACAAUUUGCCGUUAUUCGCGAUGAUGCUCAAUUUACAGAGGACGAGCAGCAGAUAGAAAUUCGUCUUAGUCAGAAUGACUAUAAUAUCACCGUAGAGGAGAAGGACCAGGAGGGAGGGGCAAUAAAGGUCACUAGGCUCCCCCCAGGGACCUCAGAAGAACAAAUAAUUCUCUUCUUUGAAAAUCGUAGGAAGAUUGGAGGAGGAGAGGUGGAAAAAGUGGAGUAUGAUGAAGAUUCAAAUUGUGCUGUUGUGUGGUUCAAAGAUUCUGAUGUUGUUUCAAGUGUUCUUCAAAAAGCUCCACUUCUUUUCAAUAAAAAACAAAUUUAUGUGGAACAAGGAAAGAUGGAUGGGAAGAAAGUGGAAAAAGAAGCAGAAGAGAACACUGGAACUUUGUGUACUAUAGAAGUUAGAGGUAUGAAGGAAACAACAUCCAUAGAUAGUGUAGAAUUGUACUUUGACAACAAGAGGAAGUCAGGAGGUGGAGGUGUCGAAGAGGUCAAAGGUGAAGUGGAAGAUGGAGUCCUGUAUGUCACAUUUGAAGAUGAAAAAAUUGUUGAGAGAGUUCUCCAGCAAGAGCAUAGGGUUGAUGGAGCCACUUUGCAAGUCAAAAUUUACCAACCGCCUAAGCCCGUACCAAUGUACCAAGACAGAGUACUGAUAAAAGGAUUUAAUCCAGAAACAACAAAAGAGGGACUAGUAAAUUUCUUAGAAGCCAAAUCAAGAGACGAUGUCAAAGAUGUGAUUUAUGGACAAGAGCAGGGAACAGCAAUAGUUUCUUUUUGGGAAUUAAGAGACUUUGGAAAACUCGAGGCAGCAUGUCAAAUGAAUGCCUUACAAAAACACUACCUAUCAGUGAGAAGAGUCCCUAUCUCUAACUGUGUAAUUGUAUCUGGAUUUGGAGAGAGCACAUCAGUGGAUACACUGGAAUUCUAUUUCGACAAUAAGAAGCGAAGUGGUGGGGGUGGAGUCAAGGAAGCCAUAAUCAACUCUGAAGAUAGAACAUGUCUUGUUUACUUUGAAGAUCCUGCAGCUUGUGACAGAGUAUGCCGAAAAAGCCACAAAGUUGACAACCAGAUGUUAACAGUACAUACUUACCAUAAGUGUCUAGGACAGACGUUUAACCCUAAUGAGGGCCCAACUUUCAAACCCCUCGAUCCAGUAAUUAUGAGGGAACUUGACCUAAGAAAAAUGAAGUUUGUGUACACUUCUGAUGAGUUCCAACAAGCUAUGAACAAGCAAGCAGAACUGUCACACAGCAGGAUAAAAUGGCAAAAAAGAGCAGCUACAGAACUAACGGUAGAGUGCACUCUAACAAAGGAUGUAAAAAACUGUCAAAAGUUGGCUGGAAAAUGGAAGAAACAAGUGGCAGACGGUAUUAAGAAGUUGCUGGGGGCUCUGCAUGUGCAACCUAUUAUUGUUUUACAUGAGGCUUGGGAGAAAUGUUUGGAGGGAAUAAAACAAGUGAAUUUACCAGAUCCCCAGAAAGUAGGCAUUUUUAUAGAGAAAGGCAAUCACACCAUAGUUAUUGUGGGGUAUAAUAACACAGUAGAGGUUGUCAAAAAUGAAGUUGAGAAAAUUAUUGCAACAGAGGUUGAUGAGAUCCAGAGAAGAAAACAACAAGUUAUAGAAACUGUUCAGUUGAAACAUCACCAAUAUCUGCUUCUUAUAUCUGAUCAUUUCAAAAAGGAAACAGAAAAAAAGUUCCCAAAUUUGAAGGUUAGAAUAAACACGAUGGACAAAAGUUUCAUCUUUGAAGGUCAAUACUUGGAAGUCAGCCAAGCAAAAAUGUUAUUGUUAGAAAAAUGUCUUAAAAUCUGCCAAGCCUCUACAGGAAGGUUCUCAAAGAACAGACAAGAAUUUUUAAGGAGAAGGGAUGUAAAUGCUCGAAUUGAAAAACUGCUGAAUGAAAAAACGAACAUGAGUUGUUUUGAUUUUCAAAGGGAGGAGAUAAUAAUUUAUGCUUUCUCAGAUGACAAAGCUGUUGAGGCAGCACAACUGAUAAAGGACAGCAUUGUGGAGUCCCCAAUUGAUGUACAGCCAGACUCAGCUUUCUUACUCAACUCUGGUGCCUGGGAUAAGAAAAUCAGAGAGAUAGCAGAGAUUUUUGAAGGAUUUCUUCAACUGAUUACCUUACCUGAACAAAAAAAAGUUAUAAUUGUAACGUUGAAAGAAUAUGUUGGCCUGGCAAGAGAAUUUUUAGAGGACUUUCUCCGAGACAAUACAAUCAUGUAUGAUUCAAUUGAUUUACCUCCAAGUUAUUUAAGAUUUUUUGAGCUCCAUCAAACUAAGAAGUUUGAGCAGAUUGGUGCAAAUUUGAAAGAGCAGCAGGUUCAAAUAACUCAAAGCAAAAACAGAAUCACAAUCAAGGGCACUAAAAUAGGUCUGGAUCAAGCCAAAGGAAGAAUUAAGGACAUGUUGAAAAAGAUUCAUUCCAAAAAACACACAAUAAAAAGACCAGGCAUUGCCAACUACAUACAAAGUGAAGCUGGCAAAAAGAGGAUCAUCGGAGUUCAAAAAUUUCACAAGUGUUACAUCCAGAUAGGUGACAAAGAUGCAACAGGAUUUUCUUGUUCUGAACAGAAACAAUCCUCAAAUAGUGAAAUUGCAGAACACAGAACUAAGGCAGGAGUUAAGAAUCAUUGGGGAUUAGCGGGAACCAUUGACAAGAAAGGGGGAAAGCAAGAUAGACGUGAAAGUUGGAAACCAGUGUUUGCUGACAAGCCUGAGGAUCAGUCUUCUGCAUUUAUUGUGGUUUAUGCUGACAGCGAAAAAGAUAUUGAUGCAGCAAUAAAAAAAUUAGAGAGUCUGCUAGAUGCGGAUUUCACCACUAAAUAUUAUUCUGACCCAUUAAUAAGGCAUCUUACACAAGGACAGGUUAAUACCCUUCACAAUUUGAAAGAAGAAUUUAAUAUAGAUGUUGCAGUUGAUAAAGAGAAAGGCGUUGUCACCCUUUAUGGAAGAAAUGAGGCAUUACUGGAAGCUUCUGGCCAAGUCCAUGGUCUACUUCGAGAUGCUGAUCGCAGGAAGCAAGCGCAACUGGAAGCAGAACUUUUGUCCGACAUUGUGCACUGGUACUUUAUUGAAAACUUACAUGGCCAAUAUGAGUUGGUGGAAUACCCAAAUCAGAUUAGUCAGCUGGUGGAGAAAGCUUACCAUAACAAACAGCCGGACGUGAAGUUUACAGAUCAAGCAGGGACGGAGUAUACAAUCAACUUCAACAACAUGGAGGAAUUCCCGAGCGGCGAUCCAACGGAUGUCAUAACUGUGACCCGUAGAGACAGAAUCAAGGAUUCAACUUUUGAACCUCCACCAGAAUGGUCACUAAUGAAGGACUCGGAGAACUUGGUUGUAGUCAUGGUACAGAAUGGUUCACCAGAGUACAUUCGUGUUAUCGAUAGAUUCCAGCAAGACGUAGGAUACAGGAAGAUUUUCAAAUUGGAAAGAAUACAGAACAAGAUGCUGUACCAGCAAUAUGUGGCCAAAAAGAAGUUGUUGGAUACUCAGAACCCCUCUGGUACACAGAAUGAAAGAGAACUCUGGCAUGGAACUGCCCCAGGGGCAGUCAACAGUAUCAACUCCUUAGGCUUCAACAGGAGCUACUGUGGGAAGAAUGCUAUAGCUUUUGGAGAGGGAGUUUACUUUGCUGUCAGUGCCGGCUACUCAGCUUCUAAUACUUAUUCCAGACCAGAUCCAAGUGGUAACAAGAGAAUGUAUCUUUGUAAAGUUCUGACCGGUGAAUUUACACAAGGACGAACAGGACUGAGAGUUCCCCCAAGCAGAGCUGGCCAGCAGUCCCAUAUCCUGUAUGAUUCGGUUGUGGAUAGAGUGCAGAGUCCUGGGAUGUUUAUUAUCUUUAAUGACAUUCAAGCCUAUCCAUGCUAUAUUAUAACAUUUAAAUAAGUAUACCGAACAAUCUAGGAAAUUAUGACUUUGUACAACUGGUAUUUCUGUCAAGCUUAUGGAAAUUAAGAACACAAAAUUAAGUCUGUAUGGACAGUCUCUUUAUAAAAUAUCAUUUAUAAUAUAUCUUUUUGAAAAAUCUGUGAAACAUUUUCUAAUUCAUUUAGCUAUAAAAAAUUGUUUUAAUGGAACUCUUCAGCCAUUCAGUUUCUUUUCCAAUUAUCAAAUAUUUUUUUGUAUUUCUGCUCAUAAAUUAUAAUUUACGAUAAUUGAUUAGGAUAUGUCUUUAUUUUGUGGUGAUUUUAAAAUAAUUAUCUAUUUGUAAA